UAGGCUAACUGAAACUUACAAUAUUCGGACAAUCAUGACAGAACAAAAUCCAUGGAGAAAUUUAGUAGCUGGUGGCGUCGGUGGUGUAGCCACAGCUGUGAGCGGACAUCCAUUCGAUACAGUUAAAGUUCGUUUGCAAACCCAUUCACUUCUCGGAUCUACACAAAGAACGUACAGAAACGCUUUAGACUGUUCAAUCAAAAUUUUGAAAGGAGAAGGAAUAAGAGGUUUCUACAAAGGAUUGGGAGCACCAAUCGCCAUUGCUACGCCCUCGUGGGCUUUGGGUUUUCUUGGUUACGAAAUUGGAAAAGAUGCUAUUCGCUGGUAUAGUGGGAAUUAUACAAACAAGUUGUCUCUACUAGAAGUCUUUUUUGCUGGUGCACUGUCGGGUGCGUUUGCUGCAGCUGUUGUAGCUCCUGGAGAAAGAAUGAAAUGCAUAUUGCAAAUACAGAGCGAGGUAACAAACAAAAAAUAUAGCGGGUUGUGGGACUGUUUCAAGACUCUAUAUCGCACAGGUGGGAUAACGAGUAUAUAUCGAGGCAUUAUGUUGACUCUCUUCAGAGAAAUUUUUGGAAACGGAGCUUUUUUCGCGACGGUUGAGUAUAUCAAACGUAAAUUCCCAGAAGAAGAAACCUUGAACAUUCGAAAUACAAUUUUGGCUGCAGGUACUGGAGGAAUGGUUUUCUGGGUAAUUGGUAUGCCGGUUGACGUUCUGAAGUCUAAAUUUCAAACUGCACCAGAUGGUAGAUACAACGCAAUCGUAGAUGUAGUAAAAGAAAUUGCUCGCAAUGAUGGAUUAAAGGGGUUUUAUAGAGGUUUUGGUCCGGCUAUUUUGAGGGCUUUUCCUUCCCAUGCGUGUUGCUUCGUUGCAUACGAACAAACUUUACGUUUGUUUGAAACACAAUUUUGAAGAAAACAAAAUAGGCCUAAUGCAUGUAUAGUAUUUGUCAUUGCACUUCAAUUAUAUAAGCAAGUUUCGCCGGAGUAGGUCGCAAACAUUUAUCAAAACGCUAUAUGAGUAGACUUAAUAUAUGAUGUAUAUCUACGCACCUAUCUUCCAACUUUCAGAUAACAUGCUCUCUCAAUCUUACUCCAUUUUCACUGUUUAUAUAGAGAUAUUUAAAUGUUUGCAAAACUAUAGGUUCUG